GGCGCGGCGCGGGGAGCGAGGGGCUCGGGCUGGUCCCGGCGGACUGGCGGGGAUGAGCGAGGUGAAGCUGGCGGUGCUGGGCAGCGAGGGAGCCGGCAAGUCGGCUCUGACCGUGAGGUUCCUCACCCGGCGCUUCAUUGGGGAAUACGCUUCCAAUUCUGAAUGCAUCUAUACUAAACACCUGUGUCUGGAUGGGAGACAAACACAUCUGGAAAUUUAUGACCCUUGUUCACAGCCCCGAAAAGGAAAGUUGUCCCUCACCAAUGAACUGCACUGGGCUGAUGGAUUUGUCAUAGUUUAUGACAUCAGUGACAGAACUUCAUUUGCAUUUGCAAAGGCAUUGCUGUACAGGAUACGAGAGUCUCCUGUAGGAGCCUUUAAAAAAGUGGUAGAGUCACCCGUGUUCCUUGUUGGUAAUAAACAGGAUCUAUGUCAUAUGAGAGAAGUUGGCUGGAAUGAAGGACAAAAGCUGGCAAUGGAAAACAAAUGCCAGUUCUGUGAAUUGUCUGCAGCAGAGCAUUAUCAGGAGGUGACGACAAUGUUCACAAAAGCCCUGAGAAACAUUACAACAAACUUCAAAGUCAAAGAGAAGAGACGUUUGAGUGGGUCAAAGUCAAUGGCCAAACUGAUCAACAGUAUGUUUGGGAAAAGGAGGAAGUCUGUGUAACUGAUAGCCAUAUGAGACAGUCUUAUGAGAACCAGGCUACAAGAACGCACUGAAGCACUGCAACAGUAGACCAGACAGAGUGCUUUGAUUCAUCCAAUGCGUUUAAAAGGUCUCUAUAUGAAGGGAUGAUACAUGAUGGUAGAAUCCAAAGAUAAGCAGCAAUUUAAUCCAGUGAACAGGGUACUAUUGUAGGACUCGAAGCCUGGGUUUUAUUUCCAGCUCUCCUACUGAUGUGCUGUGGCAUUAGUACAGCAACUUCACCUCUGAGCUACUGCUUCCAAUACUUUGUCUCAUCUAUAUAAAUUAUGGGCUCUUGGCAGGAGGGGCUUCUCUUACUUUAUAUUUAUGUAGUGCUUAACAACACCAGUGCCUUCACUGGUUUUGGCUGGAGCUUCUGGGUUAUUACCUGUCAGCUCUGUGUUCCUGAGGGAGCCCUGGCACCCAGCUUGCUGGACUUACAAAGGACUUUUUCUAUCCCUCCCCUCCCCACACUCACCUCAUCUACCCAGAACUAUGCAGAAGAAAAGUUUAAUAGGCACCUCAGGGCAUACAUUUCCUGGUCCUAGUAUAGGAGGCCUAUUUAAGCUUGAUUGACUAAAACUCGGUUGCCGGGUUAGGGAAGCUGAGGCAAGAGACCGAGUCAGAGGGGGUAUGGGCGACAUUUGAAUAAUGGUUCAGGGUUCAUCACAGUAUCCGGCCUGUUGGACCUCUGACCACAAAUGCUGUCAUACUUUUCCUGGGAUGACUGGUGGAAGUCCU